GUUUAAUUAAACUUACAAAUUGAGGAGAGAGAAAGAGAAGGAGAUUAUAUAAAUGCUACAAUUGCUUUGAAACAAACAAUUUUCUCUUCAUAAUUUUGACCAUUCCUCUUCUUCUCCUUCCCUCUAUCUUCACCCUUUUAAUAUUUUCCUUAACAAUGGUUUUUUCUUCUUCUAUUUCUUCUCCUCUAUUAUUAACCCUUAAGUUUUCUUCUUCAUUUCAUGCAUGAAACUAAGCUAGUUUGAAUCUAAUCCCUUUUUUAAACACUCUCUUAACAAAGAAAUUAAACUAACCCUAAAUACCUUAUAUUAUAAAGUUUAGUUUAUUUUCUUUUGUUGUCUAAUUAAGAUAUUUAUAAAAAAAAUGGCUUCAAUGAAUUGGUUAGGUUUUUCUUUAUCUCCUCAAGAAAUUCCUUCUCAAUCUCCUAAUCAAGAUCAUCAUAAUCCCUUCACAAGCACCACCGGAGAGUGUUUUGAUCUCGGUACCGACUCACCGCCCGGUCAUCCUUCUCUCAAUCAUCUUCCUCCUCCCUUUGGCAUCCUUGAGGCCUUCCAUAGAUCAACAAAUAAUCAAUCCCAAGAUUGGAAUUUGAAGGGAAACUCAGAGAUAAGUAUGUUAAUGGGAAACCAAGAAGUUGAAGAAGAGCCAAAACUAGAGAACUUUCUAGGAAGCAGCCAUUCUUUUAGAGAUCAUCAACAACAAAUUAAUGGAGAUCACUACAGGUUUAACACACCACAAGAAAAUAAUAACAAUAAUAAUAACAUGGCAAACCCUAAAGACACUACUACUACUAGUAACAACAACAAUAAUAAUAAUAAUGGACUCAAUGUUUCCAUGAUCAAGACAUGGUUGAGAUCAAACCACCCUUCUCAAUCAAAUUUAGUCGAAGGUAGUGGUGGCGGUGGUGGUGGUGGUGGGGCCGGUUUAACAAAUGCGCAAACAUUGUCCCUUUCGAUGGGUACCGGUGGUGGGUCACACUCCGCCAUGCCGCUACUCGCGACAGGCGGAGGUGGUGGAGAAAUAAUGGAAAGUAGUUUGUCCGAUAAUAGUAGUAAACAACAACAACAACAAAGUGAUGGUACGACGGGUGUAUGCAAUAAUACGACUAGUAAUACGACUACUAUUACUAAUGUCGAAGUUCAAAGUGGUGCACUUGUUGAAUCCGUUCCUAGAAAAUCUAUUGAUACUUUUGGACAACGUACGUCCAUUUACCGUGGUGUAACAAGACAUAGAUGGACAGGAAGAUAUGAAGCUCAUCUAUGGGACAAUAGUUGUAGAAGAGAAGGGCAAACUCGUAAAGGAAGGCAAGUUUAUUUGGGGGGUUAUGACAAAGAAGAAAAAGCAGCUAGAGCUUAUGAUUUGGCUGCAUUAAAAUACUGGGGUACCACUACCACCACCAACUUUCCUAUUACUGAUUAUGAGAAGGAAAUUGAGGAUAUGAAGCAUAUGACGCGCCAAGAAUAUGUUGCAUCUCUACGAAGGAAAAGCAGUGGAUUCUCUCGUGGUGCAUCGAUUUAUCGAGGAGUAACAAGGCAUCAUCAGCAUGGUCGUUGGCAGGCUAGGAUAGGCAGGGUUGCUGGUAACAAAGACCUCUACCUAGGCACUUUCAGCACACAGGAGGAGGCAGCAGAAGCAUAUGACAUAGCAGCAAUAAAAUUCAGGGGACUAAAUGCAGUAACAAACUUUGAGAUAAACAGAUAUGAUGUGAAAGCCAUACUAGACAGCACCACACUUCCCAUUGGUGGGGCUGCAAAGCGGUUGAAAGAUGUUGAGGAAUUGACAGCUGCACCAGAUAAACAGAUCAUAAGGGCAAUUGCUGCUGUUGAUGAUCAUGAAACUUCUCAGCUUACUAAUGCUGCUUAUGGUAAUGGGACUCCUAACUUCCAUUCGUGGCCCGGGAUCGCCUUCCCUACAGCUCAAGCUCAACCAUUGGCAAUGCACUACCCUUAUGCUGCUGCAUCACAACAGCAGCAGCAGCAAAGGAUGUGGUGUAAGCAAGAAGUACAGGACACUACUCAUGACUACCAAGAUCAUCUUAAUCAGCAGCUUCAGUUGAAUAAUGGGACUCAUAAUUUCUUCCAGAUGCAUAAUUUGAUGGGGUUGGAGAAUCAUUCCUCUAAUUUGGAGCAUGCCUCAGCAGGGUCAAAUCCCGGUGUUUACGGAAAUGGGAAUGGGAGUGACAGUGUUGGUGGUGGUGGUGGCUAUGGAUUGCCAUUUGGGAUGUCUACAGUUAUAGCUCAUGAAGGGAAUAAUGGGAAUGGAAAUGAGCAAAGUGGGUAUGAAAAUUACUACUAUUACUCACACCAAGGAAAUAAUGGUACUAACAAUGCUAUUGGUGUAAGAGGGGCUGUUGGGACUUAUGAUCAAGGGACAGCCUGUAACAACUGGGUCCCAACCGCGAUCCCAGCACUCGUUCCGAGGCCUAAUAACAUGGCUGCUGUUGGUGGUCAUGGAGGAGGUGCAAUCCCUACAUUCACUGUGUGGAAUGACACAUAAAAUCAAAAGGAAAGAAAGGGUGAAGAGUAAUAAGAUGGAAGGAAAGGAUUAAGAAGGUUUUGGGGUGUACACAACUCAUUUCCUAGGUUUGAAUAUAAGGAUUAAGAAGGUUUUGGGGUGUACACAACUCAUUUCCUAGGUUUGAAUAUUUUUACUAGUAUUUAUUUCUCAUUCCUCCCAUUUUGUUAUAUUUACUCCAUUUAACAGAAUUAACUAAUUAGGAGGAUCAAGUUAGAUUUUUUUUUUCUUCUUUAUUUCAGAUCUAUAUUAUAAGGAAAUUGCACAGGGAUCUAGCCUGGAGUUCAGUAAUAGCAAAGGUUUUGAGUUUUUAGCUCACUUUUGCUAUGAUUUUGAGAACUUUGGGUGAAUUAGAUCCUCGGAAAGGUUUUUUAAUUUAUUUUUUCUUACUCCUUUAACAACACCAUGCUUUGUAAUUUUGAAAUAACUAACAUUAUGAUACAAAGAAUGGGCUCUCAUUUCUGUAUA